AUGUCCAGUCUUGCCCAUGAAUUUGCAAUGAAAGAUUUGGGCCCUCUCAGCUAUUUUUUGGGGAUCUCUGUUUCCAGAACUGCCGACUCUAUGUUCCUUUCGCAACAAUCGUAUGCUGCUGACAUCAUUGCUCGAGCCGGGAUGCAAUCCUGUAACCCGGUAGCCACGCCAGUUGACACAAAUUCGAAGCUUAGUGCUACAUCCAGCGAACCAUUUCAUGACCCCACACUCUAUCGUAGUCUUGCUGGGGCUCUUCAAUAUCUCACAUUCACCGGUCCAGAUAUUACUUACGCAGUACAACAGAUUUGCAUGCACAUGCAUGCUCCUCGUAUUGACCACUGGAAUGCUCUCAAAAGGAUCGUCAGGUAUGUAAAGGGGUCUGCAACUCUCGGCUUGAUGCUCACAGGUUCGUCGUCUCCAUCUUUGGUUUCCUAUACAGACGCUGAUUGGGCCGGCUGUCCCGACACACGUCGUUCAACCAGCGGUUACUGCAUUUAUUUCAGCGACAACCUUAUCUCUUGGUCUUCCAAACGACAGUCCACCAUCUCUCGCUGA